AAAAAAGUAUAUUAUAUUGUAAAUUUUGUAGUUGAAUUUUGUAUAAUAUAAUUUAUUUUAUUUGCGUUGUACCUAUUAUUUUAAUGAUUUAACAUGGUUUGGUCAAAAUAGAAAAAUUUUUCCUAUUUUACUACAUUUUUUUUUUUGUUAAUAUUUUAUUAUUGAUAAAAAUGGACAGUAAAGAGCAGUUAGAAAAAAGAACAUUAGACAUAAUAAUCAAAUGGAAUGGAAACGAAUAUGAUAUAAAAAACUUUGAUACAUGCAACAAUGUUAUAACUUUAAAAGAACAAAUUUUUAUAUGCACUGGAGUUCGUCCUGAAAGACAAAAGCUUAUCAAUCUUAGAUUUUCAGGUAAAAUGGCUUCAGAUGAUUGUAAAUUAAAUUCUAUUGAUAUAAAACCUGGAACUAAAAUUAUGAUGGUUGGUUCUAAAGAAGAAGAUAUUGCUGAAGCAACUGUUGUUCCUCCCAAAAGAGAAAAAGGCCGUAAAUGUAAAAGUUGUGAUUCAGAAGAUUUUGAUGAAGAACGCGUUGAUAAAAUGGAUAUUCACUUAGCUAAAGUACAGAAUAGAGUUGAUAACUAUGAGAUCAAAAUGCUUAAUGAACCUCGUCCAGGUAAAAAACUUCUGGUACUUGACAUUGACUACACAUUAUUUGAUCAUCGAUCAGCAGCAGAGAGUGGAUUAGAACUAAUGAGACCAUAUCUUCAUGACUUUUUAGAGUCCGCUUAUGAAAAUUAUGACAUUGUUAUUUGGUCAGCAACUGAUAUGCGGUGGAUCGAGCGAAAAAUGGCAAUAUUGAAUGUAGCUAACAAUGGUGCAUAUAAAAUAAUAUUUUAUCUAGAUAAUGCAGCAAUGAUAACUGUUCAUACACCUAAGUAUGGUGUAGUCUCUGUAAAACCUUUAGGUGUUAUAUGGGGAAAAUUUCCUCAUUUAUAUAAUAAAGGUAACACAAUAAUGUUUGAUGAUAUCCGUCGAAAUUUCUUAAUGAAUCCAAAGAAUGGUUUAAAAAUACGUCCAUUCAGAGAAGCUCAUUUGAAUUGGGAAAUGGAUAAAGAAUUACUUCAUUUAGCUGAAUAUUUAGUUGAAAUUGCAAAACUUGAUGAUUUUACUAAACUCAACCAUAGAAAUUGGGAAAAAUAUAUUAGGAAAGCUCAACAUAAAAAAGAAAAAAGACAUAAAAAAGAAAAAACUGAUAAUAAUGAAUCUCAUCCGCCCGAUUCACAGCCAAAAUUAUGAUUAUAAUAAGUAUUAAAUAAUAUCCUUUAAAUUUGUCUAAUGUAAAUAUAUAAAUAUAUGUAAACAUAUUUGUUUAAUUAGUACAUGCAUAAUUUGAUUGUAAAUUUUGUCUAAAAAUAAAUGUAUUAAAUAUAAAAA